AUGAAGAGGGAAUAUUGCUGUCUUGAGGUGCCUCAAGUUCAGAAAUCCUACUUCUCAGGAGAUGUGAAAUUGGUGCCUUCUCGUAAAUUAGCUUCCAAGCCACAGGUACUACCACCAGGAAUCUCAUCGGUGAAAAAUUCCUCCACAAUCGAAGAUACCACAAAAAAUAUCAUUCUAGAAUGUCUAUCUCGAAGGAAGGACAUUCAAGAUGAUCUGGAAAUGAUGCCAGGAACUGGUUUUGAGCCAACAUUUAUGUUCUUCUUGGGUGUCGAAGGAAAAGACCAUGUGUCGGAGAUGCAGUGCUUGAACUACGAUAAUGUACUCUAUGUUUCAUCCAAUAUAGAAACAUUGGCUGAUAAAGUGAGGUGUACCGCUCACACCAGUAACCGAGAGUGCCAUCAAAUAGCAUCCUACUUUGGAAUUUUGGACCCUUUGGGAGGAGGUUCAUAUCCACUCAACUAUAUGGUAGUCGUUGAUACUGAGUGGAGAGUAAGGUGCAAAAUGCCCAUUCGAAUGAACCCAAGGGUGUACGGCAGCCACGAAAAAUUUGGAGCUUCUUUUGAGGAGUUGGGAGCUGUAGUAGACCAGUAUAUGGCGUAUUUCUCCUGA